AUGGAUGCUCACCCAUACUGCGAGAGCGACCACACGUUUGGGCCAACGGUGACGGGUUGUAGAGGAGACUUUGACUUUACUGUCAAAUUUGAAGACAUUGUUCUAUGCCUUCUCCCUGCUUUAGUUUUCAUUGUGUUUGGGGCUCUGAUGCUCCGCCACGUCUGCCAUGCUACCCUUUUGAUCAAAGGACUUUCAUGCCUUCUGGUGGUAAAGCUGUCACUGGGACUAGCAUAUUGGUCUCUCAACCUUUCAAUCCUCAUUAUUGGCGUCGAGUUUAACCACGAGGCAAACUGGUCGACGACAGCUCACUCAGUGUCUUUUCUCUUGUCUUCGUUAUUGCUACCCCUAGCGGUAUUGGAACACCGGCGCUCAGCAAGACCAUCAUUCCUGAUCAGCACAUAUUUUCUUUUCACGAUUCUGUUUGACGUUGCCCGAACUCGAACACAGUGGCUCAUUUACCUUGACACCGGGAAGCAUUUACUAUUGGCCAAGUUAUAUACAGUGACAGUUACGACAAAAGCCGUUUGGCUUGUGGCUGAAAGCUGGCAAAAGUCAUCAUCACCAGAGCUGUGCCUCGAAGAGAAAUCGGGCCCUCUAGAUCUUAUCACCUAUUCAUGGUUGAAUCCGCUCUUUUGCACCGCUUACUUUCAUGUGUUGAGCCUAAAAGAGCUUCCCAAGCUUGAUCGCCACCUUGCAACCGAUGAACUUUACAAAUUAUUUUGGAAGAAGGCUCGACAGGCCCGCACCGACUGGAUGCGGGAGAAGUUUGGAUUGGCAAGGCUCCUGGCCCGAACGCUGCUAUGGCAGUUGCUCCUUCCUAUAACUCCAAGACUGGCCCUUGUAGGCUUCAGAUUCUGUCAGCCUUUCCUGGUUCAUGCUCUUCUUGCUCACCUGGAGAAACCUCUGGAACAAGAGUCUUCGUGGACAAAUGUUGGAUACGGCUUUAUCGGUGCGACUGUUAUCAUCUACUUUGGAGUUGCCAUUUCGACGGCCCUAUAUUGGUAUUGUCAUGAAAGAUUUCAAUCCAUUGUUCGCGGUGUGGUAAUCGCGACUAUUUACCACAGGAUGACGGAGAUGCUCUCUGCCGACGUCAGCGACUCAGCGGCCGUAACACUGAUGAGUACUGACAUUGAACGCAUCCGUGUGGGUUUGCUUAACCUUCACGAAUUUUGGGCGACCCCCAUCGAGGUCGCACUCGCAAGUUGGUUGCUCCAUGGCCAAUUGGGUCUUGCCUUCAUCGCACCGCUGCUCGUCGUAGUUUGCGCAGUUGGCUUCUCCUUUGUCCUCAACCGCUACAUCGGACCACGCCAAAAGCGGUGGAUGGAGCGCAUACAGACAAGAGUGACUGAAACAGCAGACAUGCUGGCGAGCCUGAAACAGCUCAAAAUCUCAGCCCUGGCCAGCUCAGUGGCAGACUCCACACAGCAGUUGCGAGUUGAAGAGAUGCAGGCGGCUACGAAGUAUCGUAGGCUUUAUGUAUCGAACAUGAUCUUUGGCUUUGCACCCAUGGCACUCUGUCCUUUGGUGACGUUUGCCGUGUCAGCUCGCAACUACGAUAGCGGCACCGUGUUCACAUCUUUAGCAUACCUGGUGUUGUUGGCAGAUCCUCUUGGGAUUUUGUUUGGGGAGAUCCCCUAUCUAAUCGCUGCAUUCACGUCAAUGGGAAGGAUACAAGAAUUCGUUGCCAACAAGAGCCGACAGGAUCGUCGGCUUUUAGGUGGCGCAUCGUCCAUCCAGUUGACGAGGGACAUCGGCUUCAGAGUUGGUGAGAGCACAGGUCCGGGCAUCGCCGUUGAAAAUGCAACGGUUGGAUGGAUCGAAGGCAAGCCUGUUCUGCAAAAUAUCAGCUUCAGGGUACCAGCCUCCUCUCUCACUAUGUUGGUUGGUCCAGUCGGCUCUGGCAAAUCAACUUUGUGCCGAGCGCUGCUGUCAGAAGUUCCAUUCGUUGACGGGGAUACGAAAAUCAGCACAACUCUUGAAAGCUUUCGAUCUGCCGUUUGCGAGCAGACUCCGUAUAUAUUUAGCAGCACGGUCCGUGCCAACAUCAUCGGGCCAUCCGACUUUGACGAAGUACGCUACCAGGAGGUGCUAGAAUGCACCGCACUGUCCGUAGACUUCAAGACACUGCCCGAGGGUGAUGGCACCAGCUGCCUGGCCCUCAGUGGAGGCCAAAAGCAACGAGUGUCGAUUGCUAGAGCGCUGUACCACAACGCCGCAUUGUAUGUGCUGGAUGACACAUUCAGUGGUCUUGAUGCGGACACGGAGCUCGAGGUCUUCAUGCGAACACUGGGCCCGAAUGGAGUCCUCACCCGUCGUGGGUGCACGGUCAUCUUUGCAACGCACAACAUUAAACUGCUCCCAAUGGCACAUCACAUCAUCGCCUUAAAUGCGGACCAAACCAUUGACUUCCAAGGCGACUACCGAGGACUCACAGCAGCAGGACUCCACACCACUGUGGGCUGUUUUGAGGCUUUCACCGAGUCGAAAGUGGCAACUCAGCAUGAUCUUGACCAGCCGGAAGGUCUAGACUUUCCGACUGAGGUAGCCGGCGGCACCAGCUUUUUGUCCGAAAAGGACAGAAUGAUGGGGAACUCUGCAGUCUAUCGCUACUAUCUCGCAAGCCUUGGAAAAGUCUCAUUUGUGGCAUUCGUGCUUUUUGGUCUCGGAUGGGGCUUCUUUUACAACUUUGGAUAUAUCUGGCUCAGAUUCUGGUCGGGCGACAGGGAAUUAAACCACUCGAAUGCAUUUUACAUCGGCCUAUACGCAGUGUGGCAGUCGGCCGGCUUGGCAUCAAUUGUACUGUGCUUCUGGACCUCAUACACCAUGAUGGCGGCAGUCUCUGGCCUUCGGCUGCAUCAGUCUGCACUACAGGCUGUUAUCCACGCUCCGCUGUGCUUCACCACGGCCACUGACAUCGGAGUCAUCACCAAUCUUUUCUCGCAAGACAUGACACUCGUGGACAAUGAGCUCCCAAUGGCCAUCACUAACUUGUCCCUCGACGUCUGCAAUGCACUGGGGCUGGCCGCCAUCAUUGCGACAUCGUCGCCGUAUUUGGCGAUUGCUUAUCCGGUGCUAAUAGGCGUCUUGUAUUUCGUCCAGAAAUUCUAUUUGCGAACAUCGAGACAGGUGCGACUACUAGACCUAGAGGCCAAGAGCCCUUUGUAUACACACUUCCUCGACAUUUCUAGAGGCCUGCCAACAAUCCGAACGUUUGGUUGGGUGGAGGCUCGUAUCAGCGAGGCAAUUCGGUUUCUUGACGAUUCGCAGAGACCAACAUAUCUUCUCGCCAUGGUGCAGCGCUGGCUGCUCUUUGUCCUUCAUUGCAUUGUUGCGUGUCUCGCAAUAAUAGUGGUUGCACUGGCUACUCAAACACACUCAGACACCUCCGGAUUCACGGGCGCAAGUCUGGUCGCUCUCAUGACUUUUGGUGAUAUUCUCAACUUCAUCAUUCGCUGGUGGACACAACUCGAAACAUCGAUAGGCGCCGUUACUCGGCUGAAAGCUCUGAGCGACAAUGUGCUUCCUGAGGGUAUCAAAGAUGAGACAAGGCCCGUGCAUCUGAAUUGGCCCAACAAAGGCGGUAUCGAACUCAACGAUGUGUCAGCUUCAUACCAAAGCCUCGGCGGAGGAGGCGGGAUAUCUACGGACUCCCAAGAGCCCGGGUGCACCCCGCAUCUGGUGCUCAAAAACAUCUCAGUCUCGAUCACGGCUGGAGAAAAGGUUGCGAUUUGCGGUAGGAGCGGAAGCGGUAAAUCGUCCCUGAUACUCCUAUUGUUGCGUAUGCUCGACCCUGUAUCCUCAAGCUUCAAUGAUAUCAUGAUAGACAAUAUCCCUCUUCACUCGGUCAACAGAGCACAAGUUCGCGAGCACAUUAUUGCAAUGUCUCAAAACGCAGUCUUACUGCCCGGUCGCAUGAGCCUGAAGCAGCAACUGGACCCGCUCGGCCUCUCAACCGCAGAAGAGUGCUACUCAGUACUACAUCUUGUGAGGCUGAGCGGACUAGCCAGCCGCGCGACGGAACUAGAAAAGCCGUUUCAUCAAGAGUCACUUUCUGGAGGACAGAGGCAGCUGUUCAACCUAGCUCGCACGGUUCUCCGUGGAAGGGCUCGCACUAGAAGAAUUGGGAGCGAAGAAAAAGUGGGUGGCCUCAUUCUUCUCGAUGAGGUUACUGCAAGCGUGGACCACGACACUGAGAGAAUCAUACAAGAGGUCAUCAUGAGCGAAUUCGAGAAAUAUACCGUCAUAAUGGCACGCUUGUCCGCCAUUGUUCCAUCCAAGCCGCAGCUGUUCCAGCACAAACACAAGCAGGCAAUGAAGUCAAACGGGCUCCUUUCCGCAACUUUGUUGGGCGCCCUCUCUGUUGGUGGUGUUGCCGCAGGCAAGUUAUGCCAAGAUUACAAGAUCCCUAUCACUAUUACGACGGAGAAUGAAGUCUUCGGCUUGCCUCGAUUCCAAGACAACUUUGAUGUUGCCGACUUCAUCGAUACAAUCUCGAGCCGAACACCCCCCACAGACAUAUUCUCCGGUUCUGUGAACGAAACAGCAUCUUACACAAUAGCUGCAACAUUCUGCACUCCAGAUAGGGGAGCAUUGGCUUCUCACAAGAGCACUGUCCUAAUUGCUACUCACGGCCUGAACUAUGAUCGCGGGCAAGUCAUCUAUGUUUUACAGAUAUCUAAUCAAAGUUUACUAACAACAUUUAGUUAUUGGCAUCCGCGGAUCCAAUCAGAGAAGUACAGCUUUGUUGAUUACGCCGUCGGCCGAGGCUACUCUAUCCUCUACUAUGACCGUCUCGGAGUGGGCGAAUCUACGCAGGUGUCUGGCUACAAGAUCCAACUCUCUCAACAGGUCGCUGUGCUGCACAACAUCGCUCGCCUUGUCAAGGCCGGCAAGUACGUUAGUGACAUCGGGGUCCCUAAAAAGGUUGUCUAUGUCGGACAUAGCUUUGGCUCCUCUAUCUCAUUCGGUGCACUUGGUCUUGAACCGACUAUCGUAGAUGGAGUCAUCCUUACAGGGUUCGGUUUGAAUUCAUCCUAUAUCAGCCCCACCGAUUUCGUCAAAGCCAGCCAACCUCGCAUCGCUGCCAUACAACAACCAGGUAAAUGGAAGCAAUUGGACACGGGCUACUUGACCCCUGUUGACCUGUUUUCCAAUGUCAACACGUUUUUCAAGAAACCAGAUUAUGAUCCGGAUAUUGCCAUAUACGCAGAUGCUAAUAAACAGCCAUUUGCUGUGACUGAGCUCCUGACAGUGACUGCUUUUCGGCAGUUUCCCUAUAGCUUUACAGGGGCGGCCAUGAUCAUAACCGGAGAGUUUGACUUCAUUAUUUGCGAAUCCAAGUAG